UGCUUCUUGCCUGCGUGAUUCGUUCGCUCUAUGGAAUCGAUUUGGUCACUCGAUUCUUCUCCUUAGUGGUCGAUGGUAGAUAAGUGAAUAGUGAGUAGACCCAAGGUAAGGAUGAUGUUGGAUCACGAAUGGGGGAAUCCGGCAGCUGCGGCGGCAGCCAUGCUGUUGUUUGACGAGGAGAACGGUGGCCGUGACAAUGGGCAGCAACAUGCACCGGUGUUCGACCACUUCAGCGGCCAUGGCCUUGGCGGUGGAGGCAUCGCUGAGUUCUUCCCACACCCACAGCCUCUGACGGUUGCGGCGCUCUUCCCGUCAUCGUCUCUCACCUCUUCGACGUGCCAUGAGCGGUAUGGGAUGCCAUUCCAGCCAUUGCCGGCAAGAAUCGGGCUCAACCUUGGAGUGCGCACCUACUUCUCGCCCGCAGAGGAGGCUGGCAUUGUGGUCGGGCGAGUCUGCAGGCGGCGGCGGGCCCACGCAGCUCGGUGCCAGGCUGAGGGAUGCGGGAUCGACCUCGCCCACGCGAAGCACUACCACCGCCGCCACAAGGUGUGCGAGUUCCACUCGAAAGCUUCGAUUGUCAUCGUCGCCGGCCUUUCUCAGCGUUUCUGCCAACAAUGCAGCAGGUUUCAUGUCCUCAUGGAGUUCGACCAGGGAAAACGGAGCUGCCGGAAGAGGCUGGCCGAUCACAACCGUCGCCGGAGAAAGUCCCACGACCUGUCGGCGAAAACCGCAACCCAGACUCAGAAUAACAACAGUAGCGACGCAUCCACUGAUACGCCCGCCGGCGCCAACACUGCCAAGGGCGAAACGAUCUUGUUCAGCAAGCCGGAGAACGAGUCACCGGUGACGAUGCACCUGCCGCCUCUCCCGAUGACACGCAUCACAGCGGAGACAGGGUUGUGGCUCGGCUGCAGCACCGGUGUUGCUGGGGCAGGCACGUCGAUGUCCUCGUCCAAGGAUACCUCGCCGCCGGGUGCGCCAUUCCUGGUGCAAUUGGACGAGUUCCGAGCCCCCGAACAGAGGUUUACCGGGUGGCACGAGGAGGUCGGGAGUAGCAUUAAUUAGAACAAGCAGUAGUAAUAAUAGUAGUAGUAGUAGUAGUAGUGCCACUUCGAUCGUCUCUGUUGUUUUAGGUACCCUUCUCUUCUAAUAAAUCAAGACACUGUUCUCCUUCCUGGGGAUUUAGCUUUGUAAACUAAUGACGCAUAAGGAAGCAUC